GCGCACACACACACACACACACACACACACGCACGCGCGGCUGCUCGCUCUGAUAACUCAUUAAGACCCUGAAACGGAUCCGGGACGGUUCUAAUCCGGUCUGUUUUGGGGUUUAUGGGAGUUCCGGUGGUGAUGUAAAGUGAGACGCUGCUGCCGCCGCCGCCGCCGCGCGCACAGAGCAGAGAGAGAGAGAGAGAGAGAGAGAGAGAAAGAUGGCGGAGGGGGAUCUCUCCCCGGUGCUGCCGCGGUGUCGCUCCGGUUCCGACUCGGAGGGCGAGCUGUGGCUCAGUCUGGCGCGUGCCAAAACGCGCUCGUACGGCAGCACGGCCAGCGUGACGGCGACGCUCGGGGAGCGCUACAUCGAGCACCGGGUGACGGACGGAGACACGCUGCAGGGCAUCGCGCUCAAAUACGGGGUCACGAUGGAGCAGAUCAAACGAGCGAACAAGCUCUUCAGUAACGACUGCAUUUUCCUGCGUCACAGCCUGAACAUCCCGGUGCACACGGAGCGGCCGUCUCUCUUUAACGGACUGUCUCUGGAGUCUCCGGACGGAGAGGAUUCGACCGCUCAGGAGCCUCCUCGCGUCUCCCGCGCUCCCUCCACCUCCCCAUCACCCCCCACUCCUCCUUCACCUCCUCCUCCUCCUCCUCAGGGCCCCCCGGAGUCGACCCCGCGGCCCCCCCAACCGGACGAGCUCUCCGCUAAAGACUAUUUACACAUGCUGGACUUACAGAUCACUCGCUCCAAACAGGCGGCACGCAAACUCAAAGAGGACGACACGAGGGAGGAUGAAGAUCGGACACACGCGACGUCGUCUUAUCAGGAGAUAUAACCCCCGUCUGAUCACGCUUGUCGACAGCUGAGACGAUCGUAUCCAUGUAUCCCUCCAUCCAUCCUGCUAUCCAUCUCUCCCUCUAUCCCUUCAUCCAUCCAUCACGCUAUCCAUCCAUCCAUCCUGCUAUCCCUCCCUCUCUCCAUCCAUCCCACUAUCCAUCUAUCCAUACCUCCUUCCAUCCAUCCAUCACGCUAUCCCUCCCUCCCUCUCUCCAUCUCUCCCUCUAUCCCUCCAUCCAUCUAUCCUGGUAUCCAACUCUCCCUCUAUCCCUUCAUCCAUUCAUUUUGCUAUCCCUCCCUCUAUCCAUUCCUCCCUCUAUUCAUCUCUCCCUCUAUUCCUUCAUCAAUCCAUCACGCUAUCCAUCCAUCCAUCCUGCUAUCCCUCCCUCCCUUUAUCUAUCCCUCCCUCCCUCUAUCCAUCCAUGUAUCCCUCCCUCUCUCUAUCCAUCCCGCUAUCCAUAAAUCCAUCCCUCUAUCUAUCCCUCCAUCCAUCCAUCCAUCCUGCUAUCCCUCCCUCCGUCUAUCCCUCCCUCCAUCCAUCCAUCCAUCCAUUUCUCUCUCUGUAUUUUAUUUUAAAUCUUGUCCAUGAAAAAACGGACUCGUCACCUUCACUGCCUUUCACUUAUUAUUAUUAUUAUUAUUAUUAUUAUUAUUAUUAUUAUUAUUAAUAUUAUUCUGAUGAAUGCUGUUUACAUUCAGCUGUCUGUGUGGCAUUAAAGGGAUAAUCUGUAGCCGGAAACAUUAAUACGGCUAUAAAAUGAACCAAACUACCAUCUUUUCCCUCCAUUACUUCUUUGUAAAAGCUGCUGUACAGAACCGAGAUGCAAUCAGACGCAGUUAUUCCAAAUCUCUGUUAAUAUCUGACGCGUGUUUACGAGUUGCUGUUCGCUCAGUAAGACUAUACGGACGUGUGUGUGUGUGUGUGUGUGUGUGUGUGUGUGUGUGUGUGUGUGUGGGGCUGCUUGCUGACUUUUAAUUUGUUUUUAUUUAAUCUGUACAGGACUCUUAUGUACAUUUUUGCAGUGUGAAUGUGAAUUUAAACGAUGUUAUUGUGUGCUUUUGCGUUUUAAAAAGAAAUCGUAAUAAACGUAUCAGUAAAUCAUUA